GAGCUUCCUUUGUUGAAUGGAAUAUCCGAAGGUGGAAAUCGAAUGUACGAGGAACUGUAUCAAGAACCAGAGGUCAAAAAUCCAAGGUAUACGUAUCUGCAACGUGGCACAUCUCCUAACAACUGCCUCGGGUAGACAAUUUGGAGUUUGGAUAUCCCGACCCAUGAACCACGAUGCCAAAAGCAACAGCCAACAGGAGACAAAGCCAGCAACGUAUUGCCAAAGCUCAGUGGAAUAAAAAGACAGGAGUGUUGGUCAAGCAUUCUUUUGAUAUUAAGAUAAACAUUAAAGCAAAAAGAAAAAUUGGGAACUUUAGGAUUGGUGAACAUGGAGAUGGAAGAGGUCUCUAGUUUCGCAAAUUUGGAUUUUGGAUCCACUCGGGCUCGAUCUGCUUUCCAAUGGGGUGGCACCGUUUUUGCUUUAUUUUUAUUACUCAUGAACCGAACAGGACGGAGAUCACACAUGCAGACUAACCUCCUAGUAUUAUAUCUCUUCACUAGUUUUCCAACCAUACUCUUCAAAGUCUUAAGAGGGCAAUUUGGUUGCUGGGUUGCAUUUCUUUGUGUUGCUUCAAACCUGUUUUUUCCUCAAACCUUUCCAGUUGCCCGUUUCAUCCUAUUUGUCAUUACACCUGAUUGGCUGGCAGAUAGAUUGCGAGAUGACAUUGUACCUGGCAUCUUGUGUCUCAUAAUUUUAAUUUUACUUAUCCUGACAGAAAUUUGUGGAAUUGGAGGAUUGGAGAAUUGCCAAUGUAAUUGUCAUUGCUUUGGUUAUUGGUUUGGUGUAGCUUUCUUAUUCUUCUUUACAAUAUUGUAUCUUGCUAGUUAAAAGUAUUGCAGAGUACCAUUGGGAGAACCUUUUUUUCUUUGUGACUUCA